AAUAUGCCUUAUACCAGGGUGCCUAUUAUAAAUCGAUUUGGAAUUAUUUCAACCUCUUACCAUGAAGAACUUUUGAAACAGAGUGCAAAAAACAUAACCAAAAACAUAAUUGAAAAGCCAAAAAAAGCUUUGUUAAUCACAAAAGAAUUCAUCAAGAAAUUCAAUGACUCAGAAAAUCCAGAAGAUAAGAAGCACUUAGAGGACCAGGCUAGAAAAAUGCUACUUAGAUGCAAGAGAAGAUUAGGACUCAGCAGCCUGGGUAUGGGUAAUCAUGUAGAUCUUCCUGCUGCAUGGAUUGAGGCAAUUUAUUUAGCUCAGUGCAAAGGAGAAAUCCAGGAAGAAGCUUUAAAUAUGCUUUGUACUUCUUUGGAUCAUGCCUCCUUGCACUGCAGUCAUCUGUCAACAUUAUUUUUCAUUGCUGAAUCGGUUUUGUAUAGAAUCUGUUGUGAUGCAUCCCAGAAAUCAUAUUUAUAUUCAAGCGAAAUAAAACUGAUAAAGAUUGGAUUUUUGACCUUUUUACGACUCUUUGUUUAUCACCUGUAUGGUAAUCUGGAAGGCUUUGAACCACACUUACUUAGACUUCAACCAUAUUUAUUUGCACUUUAUUUUUGUGAAGACACCUACAGCAAGUAUCCCAACAUCCUUUCAAUUAUCAGUUUUAUGAAAAAGACCGGUGAAGUCAUUUGCUUUCCAGAAAUAUUUGAAAUGAAUGAGGAUGUAAUUUUUCCUGGCAUGAAGAGGGGAGAAAGUGGAAGAAAAAUUGAAAUUAAAAAUGAGAAAGUUAAAUUUAAGCCUUAUUCAAAAAGACAGGAAGUGAGUCACCUUCUUUGGCAUUGCAUUGUUGUUUGGUCUUGUGUACAGAACCAGACAACUCAGUUAAAUGACGUACUUGAACAUCUCCUCAAACAUAAAAAACAGCUUCAGAAAAAAUUCUGUUUGGAGUCAAUCCUUGGUUUCUUUAUUCUUGGGGAUGCUGCAAAAUUAAACAUGUCCUGCUUGAAGAUUUUCAUGAAUCUUGGAAAAGAAUUUAUUUUGAGUUGUAUGUCUCCUCAGAAGCAGGAAGAAAACAAAGAUGAUGACCCUUCAUGGGAAUGGAUUAUAGCCUAUAUGUAUAUAACUGUUCUUGGAGACAUCUGUCUGCAUGCAAAUACAUCCAGCUUACGGAAAAUUGCUUUCAUAGGCUUUUAUGAACAUGAAAACGCCUCAAAAUUUCUAGAACAGAAGAAUACAAAGUCAAUAGAACCUGUGGGAUUGAAGGAAGCAAAUUUUUUAGACCUUUUAGCAUAUUUCUCUUCACAGAUAUCAGAUAACUGUUGUCAAUUGAUCUGGACUGUUUACUAUGGCUUAAUAUACAAUCUGGUGAAAAUGAUCAGAGAACUCUAUGGAGAUGAGACGCAAGAUGGGCUAAGAAAUGUACUGUGGAGAACCUUACAAAGAAUAAAAAAUGAUGAGAAGGAUAUGCGGAUCUUGAAUGCUUUGGAUGUGGCUGAGGCUGAACUAAAUAGCACUAUAAAUCCUUUCAUUGAUUCAGCUGUAAAAGCUCCAGGGAACAACAUUUUCUUCCAAUAUAUAGGACGUAAAGUUGCCUAUGCACUUUCCAAACUAUUUUUAUCACCUCUUGGUUCAAGUAGUCUUCUUCUAAAGAGAUCUGAAAAGGAGCAAAAGAAGAUGAAGUAUGAAAUACCAAAGGAUUUCCAGAUGGAGAAGAAAGUUAUACGCAUAUUUAUCAGGGAAAGACCUCCAGAAAAAGAACUAGUCCGUCCAUAUCCAGAUAUCAUUACUCGUGCAGAUAUGGCAUUGAAAACUCUUAUUGAUAAGCAGUGGGAGAAGGAGCAGAUCAUCAGACUUCAGGAACAGGAGAAACUUCUGGCACAAAAAAAGAAACAAAAAAGAAAAGAAGAUCUAAGGCGUUAUCAAGCAAUGAUGAAAAGAAGAGAAGAAAAAGUACACAAGACAACUAAACCUUAUGAACUACCUGGACUGGAAUAUUCUGAACCAACGACUAGUGAUAGAGCAUCAACUGAUGCAAAUAAACAAGGGAUAUCUACUGCAUAAGAAAACUUUAUUAUGAUUGACUUGGAGAUGCUUAAAAGUAGUUGUCAAUGUUGUGACUCAAACUUCUUAAAAGUAAUAUUUCAAUCUUUGUUAAUCAAUCAGUUCUUUAGCAAUCACAUCUGAUAUAAAUUUCCAAUUAUAAUUUUUUCAGAAGCUCA